CGUACUCGAACGGCCACUCAAAUUAGCUGGAGCCGCAAGCCACACUCGGGACUCGAGAGGAUAUAUUUAUGAGGACUCGAGUUCUUGUAUACCGUCGCCUCGCCAUUGCGUUCUUGAGCGCGUUGUUCCAAACCGGCGCUGCCGGUUCUUUUGCCACUGUUUUACCAGUCGAGCGUCCCCAAGGAUGGCAGCGCCUGUCCCGGAAGCACAUGUUCCUUUCAAUGUCAACAGGGAAGAGCCUGUGGUGCCGCCCAUCGUCUGCAUGAACCGGACCGCCACACAGAUUUACCUCGAGCUUCACAAGUGCGACUUCAGGUAUCUGAAGGAGCUACAUAUUACCGGAAUAUCGUCACAAGAGCGUUUCCCCUGGGCCGGCGCAACCUCGCUUCCUCGCUUGCAUACGUUAACUCUCGAGUAUCACUCCUACUCCGAAACGCUGGAAUUCCUAUCUAUCCUGGACGCGCCGAAGAUCAGGACCCUCAAGCUUAGUAACAUGGACCCCGCCGGAGCGCUGAACGAUGCGUCCGAGCUGUUUCACCGUCUCUGCCAGCCACCGCUUCCCGACGCCGCCGGAUACGUGCCAAACUAUAGUUGCUUCACGACCGAUCUGCACCACCUCGAGUUGGCCAACGUUCACGCGUCGCCGGGUGCCGUUGCCGCCUUCUUCGCCGACUGCAAGUCUCUUAAGACGCUCACGCUCACCAACUGUUCGAGCGCGCUACACGACACGCUGGUCCAGACCCUGUUCCCGGACGAGUGUAUGGUCCGUUACCACACCGGCGCCGAUUCCGAUUGCCUCCUACCGAAGCUCCGAUUCGUCAAAUACACCCCUGGCGAGGGCGCUUCUGCCGGUUCGCUGGAGGAGAAGCUGUUCGCGCGUCUCCGCGUUCUGUUCGCCAUGGAUGGAGCUGACCGGACAUCAAUUCUGCGCGUGCUCGGGAAUUGGCUCCAUGACUUGGUGGGUGGAAAGAAUGAAUGGGAUCGUCAGGAGGAUGUCGUUCAUCUGAUCCUCAAGUAUCGCUGGUACUCACGGCCCUGUCUCGGAUGUUCAUGCUUCUCAGAGUUUCUGAACCGGGCCCCCAAAUUUUCAGGCACUGGCCUCAAGGCGCACAUGUAG